CGUCACUGUGUUUGGAUGCGUUUGCCCACUGUCUGCACUGAUGUGAGAGCAAGUCAGUAAGCCUUUCAAUUGCACCCCAUUUAACCAUGAUCUAAAGAGAAAAACAUGAAUCUCCGCGGCGUUUUUCAAGAUUUCAACCCUAGUAAAUUCCUGAUCUAUGCAUGCCUGCUACUGUUCUCUGUGCUGCUGUCAUUGAGGUUGGAUGGCAUCAUCCAAUGGAGCUACUGGGCAGUGUUUGCGCCCAUCUGGCUCUGGAAACUCAUGGUCAUCAUCGGGGCUUCCGUGGGCACCGGAGUGUGGGCUCAUAACCCACAAUACAGAGCUGAAGGUGAGACCUGUGUGGAGUUCAAGGCCAUGUUGAUCGCUGUGGGCAUCCACCUCCUCUUGUUCACCUUCGAGGUGCUGGUAUGUGACCGUGUGGAAAGAGGGUUACACUUCUGGCUUCUGGUCUUUAUGCCCCUCUUUUUCGUCUCGCCCGUCUCCGUGGCGGCAUGCGUGUGGGGAUUCAGACACGACCGCUCACUAGAGCUGGAGUUUCUGUGCUCUGUAAAUAUUCUUCAGUUCAUCUUCAUUGCAUUGCGACUGGAUAAGAUCAUCAGCUGGCCGUGGUUGGUGGUGUGUGUGCCGCUGUGGAUUCUUAUGUCCUUCUUGUGUCUGGUGGUGCUGUAUUACAUCGUCUGGUCUGUCCUCUUCCUGCGCUCCAUGGAUGUCAUUGCUGAGCAACGGCGUACUCAUAUCACUAUGGCGAUCAGCUGGAUGACCAUAGUUGUGCCCCUGCUUACCUUUGAGAUUCUACUUGUGCACAAGCUGGAUGGUCAUUAUAAUUCCAACUAUGUGCCAGUGUUUGUGCCUCUCUGGGUGUCUCUGGUGACUCUAAUGGUGACCACGUUUGGCCAGAAAGGAGGCAAUCACUGGUGGUUUGGCAUUCGCAAAGACUUCUGUCUGUUCCUCCUUGAACUCUUCCCCUUCCUGAGGGAGUAUGGCAACAUAUCCUACGACAUGCAUCAUGAGGAUUCAGAGGUGUCUGAAGAGAUGCCCAUCCACGAGGCACCUAAAAUCGCUCCUAUGUUUCGGAAGAAGACUGGUGUGGUGAUCACCCAAAGUCCUGGCAAAUACUUUGUGCCACCACCCAAACUGUGCAUCGACAUGCCAGACUAAUAUUCAAAACUCCUUGUUUGACUGUUCAUGAACAGUCAAAAAAUAUAGCACUAUGCACUGGGUUCCACGUAUGGACGUACCAUUAAAGAAGAAACGUACAAUCCAGCUACAAAGACUCUUCUUCUGAAAUCCUGUUGUGGUGAGGAUUCUUCAGAAGAGACCCUUGUGGUUGAGGUCAAAUCAAGAAUAUAGUAAUUUUGUAUUUGUUUAACAUAGCCUUGCAUUGAAAUGAAAAACUGACUGCGUAGAUGGGACCUAUUGCCUUCAGGAGUGGAUUGGUUCAACUUUCCUCAAGAACUCACCAAGAGACCAUCUAAUCUGUAAAUAAGGGAAGUGUGGAUUUUUUUCUUCUAUCAGGUGUGGAGAUUUUUGUUUCCCCCCAGUCCUGUAGAAAAAAAUUCAGACUAAGCUGGUUUUCUGGUCUCAGCUGGUUUUAUUUAGUUUUCUUUUCCUAGCCUGUUCAAGGUGACCUGCUGAAAAAUGCCCCAAACCCAAGAGGUCUAUUAAAGUCUAUUCAAAAUCUAAAUUAAACCCGGAAAUAAAGUUUUAGGAUUUUGCAGGUGUGAUUCACCAAAAAGGGCUAAAUAGUUGAUCGGCUUGUGAUGAGCGAAUGGCUUGCAUAAGUCUCCCAUUCAUCUGAUGAAAACACGCUGCGUGAUCAUGAGGAAGGAUUACAUCAAGAUGUAGAUUGGAACGCAGGUGCGAAAAACGUAUAAAAUAAAAUAGCCUGCUCCUCUCUCGCUGUUGCCCGCGUGCCCUCUGCAUGAGUUUGAAAAAUGAAUGAUAUAAAAUAAGGAAUAUUAAAGGUUCCACGCAAUGUCCUGAUCAGUAAUCAAAUAAGCAAAUUUGUGACUAACUUUGUUAACUCAUUUUGUACAAAAGGAGAGGUUUUUUUCAUUAUAGCACUUAAGAUGCUCUGUGAAAAUUCACAUGUAGGAUCAUGAUUAUAUCAUAAUCAUCAGGUUUUGCACAAAUGUUUCACUCCAACUGUUAUGCUGAUAAUAUAAUUUGUAAUAAAAAAAGAUGAUUCAAUUAGAAAAAUGCUGAAUAGAAAAAUUUUCACAAGUGGACUCAAUCUUAUUUUUAUUUGUUUGUUCUUUUU